GGGAGGGGGAAUAAAAGCCGCGGGCGCUGGAGCCGGAGCACAGCGCUCCCAACUCCUGGAGAGGAAACAGCGGAGAGCAAACAGCUGAGAGCAGCAGCAGCAGCAGCAGCAGCAGCAGCAGCAGCAAGGACAACGAUGCUUUGCCGGAUGCACCUCGCUCCAUUCGCCUCCAGCUCCCUGGCCACCCGGCUGGGCACGGUGAGGACCCUCUGGCCGCACGCAGAGACCAUCUUCAGCGAGCUGCAGCAGGAGAUGGAGAAGGCUCGGCAGUUCAUGAGCAGCUUCGAGCAGCUCCUGAGCAGCCACGGACCCAUCACCGCGGAGCAGGCACCCAGCAGCAGCGCGGCCCUGACCCAGGGCUCUGGGGAAGGCUUCUCCGUCUGCCAGGAUGUGAAGAGCUUUGCCCCCGAGCAGCUGUCGGUGAAGGUGGUGGGCAGGAAGGUGGUGCUGGUGGGGCAGAAGGAGACGCAGAGCACGGACGAGAAGGGCUCCUUCUCCUACAAGUACGAGGUGCUGAAGCGCGAGUGGGACGUGCCCGAGGAGGUGGACGCCGAGGCGCUGACCUGCUCCCUAUCCCCAGAGGGGCAGCUCCGCAUCGAGGCCCCCCAGCUGGCCCUGCCAUCUGCCGCUGAGAGGAACGUGCCCAUCCAGGUGAGCCCCGCUGCUCCACAGCCCGGGGCAGCCAAGGAUGGAGCUGCCAGCAAAGCCAAUGCGUGAUGGGAUGGAACCACGGUCUGCGUCGGGACCAGCAGAGACGGCGGCGAGUCUUGAGCUCUAGCCCAGACACGCUCCAUCUAUCAUGUUUUUCACUAUACUGGAACGUUCUUGCUUUUGUAUCCGAUAAUAAUAAUAAAAAAAAACUUUUGCAUAGAA